GUUCAUCCAUGAGAAAAGACACGGACGAAGAAAAUGAGGCUGAGAUUGAACGAAUCAGAGAGGCCAGCUGAUAUCUCCUCCUCCAAAAUUCCGUUUCUCAAAACAAAAACCAGUCCACGCUUUUGAUUUCUGAAUUCCAAAAACACUCGUCUCGAAAACAGUUUUCAAAUGGCGGCAGCAGCUUCGUUGCUCCAACCCAACCCAUUGAAAUGGAAGCAGCACAAUCUACUCCCCCGUCUCCGCCCCCUCCCCACAAACCCAAUCAAAUUCAAAAACUUCAAUUUCCAAAUCCAAAAAAUCCCCUGCAAAUUCAAAGUUCAAUGCUUUAAGCAGUUAUCCGACUCAAAAUCCCAGUCCCUUGUCGUCGAAGAAAACCCAGCAAACCCAAUUGGGAUUAUCGCCGGAAAGCUGUUGGAAGCUAUGAAGGCGUUGAGAAAGCCGGCAAUGGUCGCCGUGUUGUUGGGUCUGCUGCUGAUGUCCGACCCCAAUUCGGCAUUGGCCGCCUCGGGCGGUCGGGUCGGGGGAAGCUCGUUUUCUUCGCGCUCGUCGUCUUCCUCUUCGUCCUCGAGGAGUUACUCGGUGCCGAGGACUCCGGGCUCAAGGCCCGGUUUUUCGUACUCCGCGCCGUACUACGCGCCUUCGCCUUUCGGGUUCGGUGGCGGGGGUGGUGGAUUUUACGUGGGGCCGGCAUUUGGGUUCGGAGUUGGAGCCGGGUCGAGCUUCUUCCUGAUCUUGACGGGUUUUGCGGCGUUUGUUUUGGUUUCCGGGUUCCUUUCGGAUCGGUCUGAGGGAAGUGUGCUUACUGCUACUGAGAAAACAAGCGUUCUCAAGCUUCAGGUUGGUUUGUUGGGCAUGGGACGAACGCUCCAAAGGGAUCUUAAUCGGAUUGCUGAAACUGCUGAUACUUCUACCCCUGAUGGUUUGGGCUAUGUUUUGACAGAGACAACACUAGCUUUGCUACGACAUCCAGAUUAUUGCAUCUCCGGUCAUUCAUCUGCUGCUCUAAAGCGAGGCAUAGAGGAUGCAGAGAAACGCUUUAAUCAGCUUUCUAUCGAAGAGAGGGGUAAAUUUGACGAAGAGACACUUGUCAAUGUGAACAACAUAAGAAAGCAAAGCUCAACGAGCCGGAGUGCUAAUGGAUUCCGCAACGAAUAUAUAGUGAUAACAAUAUUGGUGGCUGCUGAAGGAGUGCAUAAGUUGCCUGCCAUCAAUGGCAGUGGUGACUUGAAGGAAGCAUUGCAAAAGCUUGGAUCCAUUCCCUCGAACAAAAUAAUGGCAGUAGAGGUCUUGUGGACUCCUCAGAAUGAAACUGACACUCUGUCUGAGCGGGAACUACUUGAAGACUACCCGCUUUUGAGGCCUUUAUGAGAGGACAUUCGGGCAACCCUGCACUAUCCUGCAAGAGGUACAACUGAACUGCAUAUUGAGUCAUUGAUGAAGGGCCAUUUCAUUGGGGGAUAUCCGCGAUGUACAGAAAUUAUACAUGUCUAAGAGUGUCUUUUUGUGUACUUUUAUACUGAGGUUUCUAUAUUUAGAAUAGAGUUUCUUCGUGUUAAUUACAAUCAUUUUCGUAAUAGAGGUGUACUUUGGUAAAUGUAAUGUAACAAAAGCUAGAAUUUGACUACAUACCUUCCCAAGAUAUAGUAUAUAGUUCAUGUUUGUUGUAGUAAUGAAGACUAGUAAGCUUUUAAUUGCAA